UAGCGCUGGAACAUCGAUGCGCAAUACCUACAGGGGAAACGUCCACUAUGGCUGAGACCCACAGCUUACAGGACCUCCAGCAGCCAGCUGUCUCCUCCAAGGUGUUUAUCCAGAGAGACUACAGCUCAGGAACCAUCUGCAAGUUCCAGACAAAGUUCCCCUCUGAACUUGAGUCAAGGAUCGAUAAGCAGCAGUUUGAGGAGACCAUCCAAACUUUAAACAACCUGUAUGCAGAGGCAGAGAAACUAGGGGGGAAGUCUUACUUGGAGGGCUGCCUGGCUUGUCUAACUGCAUACACAAUCUUCCUUUGUAUGGAGACACACUAUGAAAAGGUGUUAAAGAAGAUUGCCAGGUACAUUAAGGACCAGAAUGAGAAGAUAUAUGCUCCCAGGGGUUUGCUGCUGACUGACCCCAUAGAGAGAGGACUCAGAGUUGUUGAAAUCACCAUCUUUGAGGACAGAAGUAUUGGCUCUGGAAGAUAAAGAGUCCUGUGACUGAUGACACUGACCAGAUAUUCCUCAUUUGUCUGGCAGGACACAUUCAGAUAUCUGCUUCACCUGAAUGGAUGUAAAUAAUUUUGAUCUGAUCCUUUUUUUUCUGUUAUUUAUAAGCACACCACCGUCUGCCUAUCCUUAUGUUUGUUAAUGUGUUUUCAUGUCUUUUUAUACAUGAAACAAUGUAUAGGCCAGACUAAAAGUAUUUGGACAGUGAUAUAGUUUUUUACUCUUCAGGCUCUGAGCUUCAGCACAUUUAAACUGAAAUACAAUAAUACAAGUACCAAGUCUCAACUUCAAUUCUAGUAGGUUUACAUCAAUAUUAGAAAGAAGUGUGUGGGAGACACAGCCCUUUUAACACAUAAAGCAAGGGUUCAAAAGUAAUUGGACACUUGGCACCUGUUUGUCGUUUCAACAUUAGUUCAGAAAAGAGCUCAUAUGGCAACAAGCAACAGGAUGAAUGCAGCCAAAUGCAUCAAAAGUCGUUGGGUGGCAUUUCAUAAUUCUGCAGGACAGUGAUCCUAAAUGUGCGUCCAAAGCAAAGCAAAGAGCUUUUCCAGGUGAAGAGGUGGAAUAUCAUCAGGGAAGAUACAAAGUGUCUGGUGGUCUUCCAAAAAAUAUUAAAUAUGAUUUUUUUUUACCAUGUGUAUCUAUCCACUUACUUUUGAACUCCUAAACCUUGGCACUAUGCGUUCAAAGAGCUGGAUUUCCAACACAGUUCUCUCUACAUUAAUGUAAACCUAUUCAAAUCAAAGCUUAGACAUGGCACUUUACUGUAUUAUCUAUUAUUUUAUUUCAAAUUGAAUGUGCUGAGGCAUAGAACCAGAAGAGCAAAAAUGUGUUACUGUCCAAAUAUUUACUGUCUGGACUGUAUAAAUCAUGUCCUAGUUGAUAAAGACCGGUCUUUAUAAAUAGUGCCAUUGUGUUAAAUGCCAGUUUUUGACCAUGGUAAUCAUGAGCGAUUGGACUUGUGUAUUGUAUUCCAAAUGAUACAAAGUCAAAUAAUAUGUUGUCACCAAGAGUUGUCAUAGAAAUAGGUUGGAGCUGUGUUGUUGGCACAGUCUGUAAACUAAUUCUGUUUUGGGUUGUGCUCCACAGUAUUAACAUGCUGGCUGUAGCCUUUGUUGAGGCAGAUGUUUUCUUACUUGUGGAUGAAUGUGACUUUUUAGGGGAAUCUUGUCUUGUGACUUCAAAGAUGGAGCAUGUUUACCGUUAAUAAGUCUAUCAUAAAUCUAUCAUAAAACAAUAACAGGACCUAGUACAUUUUAUGAAAUGUCUUUCUUUGCUGUCAUACUUUAACUGCACUAAAUCUCCUAAAUCAUAUCCAGCAGUCCUGGUACAUGUUUCUCGUAAGAUUCACUAUCUAUAUUGCGAAUGCCAUCCCCUUUUUCUUCAUCACCAAACACCACAGGAACCUUAAACACUCUGAACUCCACAGAUGAUUGCUGUAGUUGGUGUUUGAUAUAACUGGUCUACUUUUCUUACAAAUAUUGUUCUGUUUUGUCUAAAUAAAUAGUCUUUUCCUGAAA